AUGUAACCUUAUAAAAGGGUUUGUGUUUAAGAAUCGAAAAAUCCCUAUUCAUUUAGUGAACAAGAUGAGAAAAUUGGAAUAGAUUAUUCCAAUUUCAUAUAGUAAAUGGAAGGACCUUACCAUUAGCUUUAUGAACCGAUAGAUAAAUAAUGCAUAGGAGCAGGGGGAUAGGGUUGUGUAAUUAAAGUGAAAUGCAAAUUGAAUAAUGAGAUUCGGGCUAUGAAAGUGAUUAAGAAAAUUAACGAGGAUAAAAAUGACAAUUUUCGAAAAGAAUUCCAAAACCUUAAGCUGUAUCUCAUUAUCCUAAUUUAGAUUAGAUCAUCCAAAUAUAUUAAAGCUUUACCAUAGUUUUGAAGAUGACCAGAGAUUUUACAUAAUUUCGGAACUAUGCGAAGGAGGGACCUUAUCUCAAUAUAUCGAUGAUCAUUAUCCUCUUAAGGAAGGUGAAGUGCUUAAAAUUAUGAAGUAAUUAAUCAGUUCCAUUAAUUUUGCUCAUAAGAAGAAUAUAGUUCAUAGAGACAUAAAGCCUGAAAAUAUCUUGAUUGACGAUGAAGUUACAACAUCCAUUAAACUAAUUGAUUGGGGGUUCUCAGGGAUGAUUUAAUAAUAGGAAAAAUUAAGUCUAAAAUGUGGCACAAUUCACUUUGUGGCUCCUGAAGUGAUGGAGGAAUCAUACGACUAAAAGUGUGACAUCUGGUCUUGUGGAGUUGUCCUCUAUAUAUUAUUAUGCAAUGAUCCUCCAUUCCAAGGGACAGAUUCUAAUGAAAUCUUAUUUAACAUCAAAAAUCAAAGCAUAGAAUUCAGGUAAUUAAUCAAUUUGAAUGAAGAUAUUAAUCUUGGAAAUAAUACAGUUCUCUCGUUAAGGAUCUAUUGAAAAGAAUGUUGGAGAAGAAUCCAGAAUAGAGACCAAAUGCUCAAUAGGUUCUUGAUGAUCCAUGGUUUGAAAGGUAGAAUUCUUAAUUAGCAAUUAGUCAUUCAUCUGAAUAAAUACCAUCUCAAGAUUUCAAGGAGAGCAUGAUAUAAUUUAAUGGUUACACUGAAGAUCAGGACAAUAAUUUAAAAUAAAGCAGGUUUUUAUAGGCAAUAGUGUUAUUCAUUGCCACUGAAUUAGUGCAUAAAGAUGAUAAAAAAGUGUUGAAUCGCAUCUUCCGUAAAAUUGAUAAGGACAAUAAUGGUAUUAAUGAUUAUAUGAGAAAAUUAGGAACAAUCUCAAAAGAGGAACUGAAAUGCGCUUUACAAUAAAUAUAUUCAAAAAAUCAAUUGGACGAAAAAGUUGAUAAAAUAUUCGAUUUCUUGGAUGUUAACUAAAGUGGCUCCUUAGAUUUUAGUGAAUUUGUAGCAGCAACAUGUAAAUUAUCGGAUGUAGAAGGUAUAUCUUAAUAUAUAAAACGACGCAGAAAAAAUUAGAGUUGCAUUUGAUGUAUUGGACAAGAAUAAAGAUGGGUGUAUAACUCUAGAUGAAUUAUUUAAAUUUAUUGGGAGAGAGGACUAUGAUAAUGAUUGUAAGGAGAUCUUCAAUCAAUUUGAUCAGAAUGGAGAUGAUAAAAUAAGCUUUGCCGAGUUUUCUCAAGCAGUUUAAAAAUACGUGAAUAUAUGUAGAUAGAUUUAAUAUUGA